AUGCCGAAGCACAAGUCCUCUGUCAGAUCUCGGGUGGAGUCAUACGUGAACACCCUAGACGCGGCCGAAGCCGCAAGCAUCGCAGCUACUCAGCAGCUCUUGAGAGAAGACUCCGUGAGAGAGCAACUCGCUUUUAUCAAGGCUAAUCUGGGACAUCUACCGCAAGGAAUUGAAAGACUAGAGGAAAGAGAAGUCCCGCUCGCCGAGAGCCUCGAAGUCUUCGAAGGAAUUAUCAGAGUUCUCGAUAUGAUCCCCAACACCGCCGGUGAAAGAUUCCGGAAUAAGUGUAAAUUUGUUCUGAGUCGAAAUCCUGACUAUGAACGAAUCAGGUCCAUCGCUCAAGUUCUGAGAGGAGACUCUCCCGAUAGCAGUCUCGAAGGUUUUAGCCCCAGUGAACUGUCAGCCUUUAAAUUCGCUCCUAUCACGUCGGUAGACGUGGAGAGGAGUUUUUCUAUGCUUAAGUACAUCCGUGACGAUCGGAGGCAUAGUUUCACCUUCGAGAAUCUUAAAAUGGUGCUUGUGAUAUACUGUAAUCAAUAA